AUGAAGAACGACGCGCAAUAUGCUCAAAAUCGCAAGAUAGCGAAGGCAGAACUUGCAGCAGUACACAAGGAAGUGGAGCAGAGAGCGGUGGAGGCGAGGAAAGCGCAGGCGGCCUCCUCCUCGGUAGAGAAGGCGGCGCAGAGCGUCAAGGCACGGCUUGUGCGGCAGCCCUCCAGAAAACUCGACAAGAAGAAGCAAGCGGAAAAUGAGAAACGCUUCUUAACCACGCUGCGACAGCGGUUGGAGCGACGCAAGGCUCGGAUCGCGGCACUUGUCGCAAAGACCGCGAAGAUGGAAGAAGCCAAGGCGAAGGCAAAAGGGAAAGCUGAGGCGAAGGCGAAAUCGCUCGCCCAAGCCGAGGCGACCUCCAAGGCGGAACAGCGGUUCGAGGAAACUAUCCAGCGGCGUCAGGAGCAACGGGCUGCGCGCGUCAAGGCGCUCGUGGAGAAGCGCACAAAGGCAGCGGCAGCGGAGACAGAAGCCGUCAGUGCGAACCAGGAAACUGAAUUUACCGCGGAGCUUCACCAACUCAUGGAGGAGCGAGACGCACGUGUUCAGGCUAUCAUCGCGGAGCAUAUGAACGCAGCAGAGGUCGCUGACAGCGAAGAGAACGCGGAAACACCGGCGCCGGCGCCGAUGGCAGCGGUCUCGACUAGUCGCAGGUCCCAGCGCAAAGUGAACGCCAGCGCCGAGGAACUGCUGGAGAAGUCUGAUGAUGCCUCCGCGCCGGCAACGGUGCCGCAAGAGGCGGCGCCGAAGGAGGUGAAGGCUGUAGAAGCACCUGCGAAGGACCCUACCACGCCACGGCGGCGGGGCCGACCUGCAUUACCACGGCCGCAGGUCACAAGGGAUGUGCCGAGUGCAGCACGAGUGCAAGCCCUUGACGAACCAGCGGCAACAACGUCGACAGUGCAGGAGGCAUACGCGGCAGAAGAACUCCUACCCUCACCAUCGCAGCCGCGCCGACUGGCAGCCGCCGACCUGGAAGAGCUGGCAAGCGCGCAUGAAGAUUUUGUGGCGCACUUAGAGAAGGCGAAGGAGCGCACCGCGGCACCACCAUCGACUCGCGUCUCACCAGUGCCGAGCGUCCUUGCCUCGCCAUCAGCGGCCCAGAGAGCCUGGAUGAUGGCCGAGAAUCCAACAGGCCUAUUCCGCUUGUAG